AUGGCACGUCCAAGGCGUCAAAGUCGGCGCCAGAGACAAGGAAAAUUCCAUGUACAGGUCCCAAAGCUGCCGGAAGACCAAGCCUUGGCAGCCAAGGAUGUUCCGCGCCGCGGCCAAUCGUGUGAAGUGCGAUCGCAUCCAACUGCCUCUAUGCAGUGGAAUCAGAAUGAUACAGCGACCAACAAACAAGGCCAGCCUGAGACUAGCACUGUAUUCACAGUAAGUCGGUAUGUGGCCGGAGGCACUUCGACCAGAUCUUCUUGGCUAUCUCAUCCUCUGAAUAAGCGAUUGAUAAAACAAUUGAUUGAAUGUUGCCGAGGGAAGAUCGAUACCAUCUUCAAGGAUGUCCCAAAGUCAAAGGACUCGAGCACGAUGGUGGUGCCCUUGGAACAGGCCCUCCUACACAUUUUCAUCCUUGUCAUGCAAAACCAGGAGGAUUUCAUCCGAGUGUUAUGUGGCCCG